AUGGCAAAGAAGAUUAUUAUCGACACUGACCCGGGCAUUGACGAUGUCCUUGGUCUCUUGCUGGCGCUGUCCGCCACUCCGGAGGAGGUAGAGGUUCUGCUUAUCUCGUUAACAUUUGGAAACAUCGAAGUGAACAAUUGUCUUCGAAAUGCGGUCUCCAUGUUCCACAUCCUCGAACGGGAGAUGCAGUGGCGGCGAGAGAAAGGCCGACCAGAGGGCUUCGGCGCCUUGAGAGCCCAUCGCCCUAUCAUCGCUGUCGGUGCCGAGAAUCCCCUCGAGGAUCAGAAGCUGCUGGCUGAUUACUUCCACGGUACCGAUGGACUCGGUGGUAUCCACGACAGUCACCCACAUCUUACCCCCACUGAGGCUUGGGAACACUUGUUCCACACUACCAUUGACCAGGAAGGUAUUCCCUCAGCGACCACCUCCGACAAGGAGCGCGCCUUCGCGCCAUCCAAGCUCCCAGCAUACAAGGAGAUCCUCCGAGCCCUUCGUGAUAACGAAAAAGACUCCGUGACUCUUGUAGCAGUGGGCCCACUGACCAACCUCGCUCUGGCUGCAGCAGAAGACCCCGAAACCUUCCUCCGCGUAAAGGAGGUAGUAGUCAUGGGAGGCGCAAUCAACAAACCUGGAAAUGUAACCCCAGUGGGAGAAUUCAACGCCUAUGCAGAUGCAGUAGCUGCCGCUCGAGUCUUCGCCUUGACAUCUCCAAACCCACACACAACAGUCCCGCCAACGAGGAGCGCCAAACUACCCCCUUAUCCAGCAAAGCUCAGUCGUACACUUACGCUACGUCUAUUCCCGCUGGAUAUUACCCUUCGCCAUAACCUCUCCCGCGGCCAGUUCCGCGAAGCUAUCACCCCACUUCUGGCCGGCGGAUCCCCGCUUGCAGAAUGGGUUGAUGCCUUCAUGGGUCAUACCUUCAAGACCCUUGAACGUCUGCACCCUGGCCACGAGGGCGAUGAUGCUCAAUUGAGUCUGCAUGAUCCUGUUUGUAUUUGGUAUGCUAUCACCGCCGAGGAUCCAAAGUGGCUUCCUUCUCAGAACUCGCCCGAGGAUAUUCGCAUUGAUACGCUUGGUCAGUGGACUCGCGGUAUGUGUGUUGUUGAUCGUCGCAAUCGACACCGGAUUGAAGGCGAAGAAGAGACUUCCAGUGACCAUGGACUUUGGUUGAGUGGAAGUGCUGGAAAUCGGAUCUGGCGGAUGGAUGGGUCGCCUGCUGAGGAGAACUUUGGAGAGAUUCUUAUGCAGAGAUUGUUUAAUUAG